GUUCCGCCUGCCCUCCGCCCCUCCGUGGGCCACCCGUGGGGCUGGGCCGGGCUGGGCUGGGCCAGGCCGGCCGGCUCCUAGGCAGCCCCAGCUGAAGCCACUGCAGGAGCUGCUGCUGCCGACAGGGAGCUGCCCCAGAGCCACCCAGCCAUGGAAGCCAUGGCAUCACUGCUGGAUGCUGCAGCCGCUGGGGACCUGGUGCUUCUGGACCCGCUCAGCGAGGAGUCACUGCUCUGUGCCCUGCAGCAGCGCUUCCAGCGCGGGGACAUCUACACAUACAUUGGGAACGUGGUGAUCUCAGUGAACCCCUACUGCUCCCUGCCCAUCUACACCCCUGAGAAGGUGCAGGAGUAUCACAGCUGCAACUUCUUCGCUGUAAAGCCCCACAUCUACGCCAUCGCCGACGAUGCCUACCGCUCGCUCCGGGACCGGGACCGGGACCAGUGCAUCCUCAUCACUGGCGAGAGCGGCGCUGGCAAGACCGAGGCCAGCAAGUUGGUGAUGUCCUACGUGGCGGCUGUGUGCGGCAAGGGCAAAGAGGUGACCAAGGUGAAGGAGCAGCUGCUGCAGUCCAACCCGGUGCUGGAGGCCUUCGGGAAUGCCAAGACUAUCCGCAAUGACAACUCCUCCCGAUUUGGCAAGUACAUGGACGUGGAGUUCGACUUCAAGGGCGAGCCCCUGGGAGGCGUCAUCAGCAACUAUCUUCUGGAGAAAUCCCGCGUCGUCCGGCACGUGCAGGGCGAGAGGAACUUCCACAUCUUCUACCAGCUUCUGGCCGGCGGCUCGGCCGAGCUGCUCCAGCGGCUGGGGCUGCGCCGGGACUGCCAGCACUACGACUACCUCAACCGCGAGAGCUGCAGCCUGCCCGGCGUGGACGACGCUGCCAACUUCCGCGCCGUGCAGGACGCCAUGGGAGUCAUCGGCUUCUCACCGGCCGAGGUGACGGCGCUGCUGGAGGUGACGGCCGUCGUGCUCAAGCUGGGCAACGUGCAGCUCAGCAGCUGCUUCCAGGCCAGCGGGAUGGAGGCCAGCAGCAUCGCAGAGCCGCGAGAGCUGCAGGAGAUCUGCCAGCUCGUCGGGCUGGACGCCAGCGCCCUGGAGCAGGCGCUCUGCUCCCGCACCGUGAAGGCCCGCGACGAGACAGUGCUCACCAGCCUCAGCGUCUCCCAGGGCUACUAUGGGCGGGACGCGCUGGCCAAGAACAUCUACAGCCGCCUCUUCGACUGGCUGGUGAGCCGCAUCAACGCCAGCAUCCAGGUCAAGCCGGGCAAGCGGAGGAAGGUGAUGGGCGUCCUGGACAUUUACGGCUUCGAGAUCUUCCAGGACAACGGCUUCGAGCAGUUCGUCAUCAACUACUGCAACGAGAAGCUGCAGCAGAUCUUCAUCCUGCUGACGCUGAAGGAGGAGCAGGAGGAAUACGUGCGAGAGGGCAUCCCGUGGACCCCGGUGGAGUUUUUCGACAACAGCAUCAUCUGCAACUUGAUCGAGAACGGCACCUGCGGGAUCCUGGCCAUGCUGGACGAGGAGUGUCUGCGGCCCGGCGCCGUCAACGAGGACACCUUCCUCGGCAAGCUGAACCAGGCGUGCGCUGCCCACCGGCACUACGAGAGCAAGGAGACGCAGAACGCCAGGCGGGUCACCGACGCCAGCCUGCCGCCCCGCUGCUUCCGCAUCCACCACUACGCCGGCAAGGUGACCUACAACGUGACGGGCUUCAUUGAGAAGAACACCGACCUGCUCUUCCGGGACCUAUCGCAGGCCAUGUGGGCUUCGCGGCACCCGCUGCUGCGCUCCCUCUUCCCCGAGGGCGACCCCCAGAAGGUCUCCCUCAAGCUGCCCCCCACCGCCGGCUCCCAGUUCAAGGCCUCGGUGGCGACGCUCAUGAAGAACCUCUACUCCAAGAACCCCAACUACGUCAGGUGCAUCAAGCCCAACGAGACCAAGACGGCGAUGCUGUUCACACCGGAGCUGGUGCUGGCGCAGAUCCGCUACCUGGGGCUGCUGGAGAACGUGCGGGUGCGCCGGGCGGGCUAUGCCUUCCGCCAGCUCUACGGCCCCUUCCUGGGGCGCUACAAGAUGCUCUGCAAGAAGACAUGGCCACACUGGGCUGGGAGCGAGAGGGCUGGAGCCGAGACAUUGCUGGCGGAGCUGCCGAUCCCAGCUGAGGAGCUGGCAUACGGGCACAGCAAGCUCUUCAUCCGCUCGCCGCGCACCCUCUUUGACCUGGAGCGGCGGCGGCAGGAGCGCGUGGCCGAGCUGGCCACCCUCAUCCAGAAGAUAUUUCGGGGCUGGCGGUGCCGGACCCAGUUCCAGCUCAUGCGCAAGAGCCAGAUCCUCAUCGCCGCCUGGUUCCGGUGCCACGCGCAAAAGCACAGGUACCAGCAGAUGAAGCGCUCGGCGCUGCUCCUCCAGGCGUACGCGCGGGGCUGGAAGUCUCGCAGGCUCCUUCGGGAGCUGAAGGUCCAGCGCCGCCGCCAGCAGGCUGCCAGCACCAUUUCGGCUUACUGGAAAGGGUACCAGGUCCGCAAGACGUACAAGAAGUAUUUCCGCUCCGGGGCCAGUGCCCGGCUGGCCAACUUCAUCUACCGGCGGCUGGUGCAGAAGUUCCUCGUGGGGCUGCAGCACAACCUCCCGCCCCUGGCGGUGAUGGACCGGACCUGGCCCCCAGCGCCCUACAAGUUCCUGGCCACGGCCAACCAGGAGCUGAAGGACAUCUUCUACCACUGGAAGUGCAAGAGGUACCGGGAGCAGCUGACGCCGCAGCGCAGGGCCCUGCUGCAGGCCAAGCUCUGCGCCAGCGAGCUCUUCAAGGACAAGAAGACGCUGUACCCCAAAAGCCUGCCACAGCCCUUCCAGGGCGAGUACCUGGGGCUGACGCAGAACCCCAAGUACCAGAAGCUCCACGCGGUGGCCAAGGACAAGCUGGUGAUGGCCGAGGCCGUGAGGAAGGUGAACCGAGCCAGCGGCAAGACGGUGCCGCGGCUGCUGCUGCUCACCACCGAGCACCUGGUGCUGGCCGAGCCCAAGGGCGCCCAGCCCAAGACCGUGCUCAGCCUGGGCGACAUCCGCAGCGUCUCCGUCACCCGCUUCUCCGACGGCUUUCUGGCGCUGCACCUCAAGGAGACCUCCUCGGGGGGGGCCAAGGGCGACUUCCUGCUCGUCAGCGACCACCUCAUCGAGCUCAUCACCCGCCUGCACCAGACCCUCAUGGACACCACGGCCCAGGCCCUGCCCCUGCACAUCACCGACCAGUUCUCCACCCGCUUCCAGAAGGGCGAGGUGGCCGUCACCGUGGUGGAGUCGGCCAAGGGCGGCCACGAUGUCCCCGUCUGCAAGAAGAAGGGAAGCCACAAGAUGGAGGUCCUGGUCCACUGAGCCCUCCAGAACCCCCGGUGCCUGGCGCCCGCUCCCCCGCCCCGGCGCCCGCUCCCGUGGGGCCCGUGCUCCGCGGGCG